AUGGCUUCUCUACAAGACACGUUGCAGCUGAACAAUCAAGCAGUGGUACUUCACCAUUCCGACAAUCUCGCUCAGGCUGCCAAGGCCUACCAUGAGUCGCUCUCUUUUUUCAAGCGACUAUUGAAGGAGUGCUACCACCAUAAUCAAGGCAUUGCCCUCAGCACGGUGACGCAAUACGAAUGCUUCCAUACCGCUGCUCCAACAAAUGCCCAGCGUGACGUCUCGACACAAAGCGAUGACGAGCCAUUUGUGUACCAAAGCGCAUUGAUAUUGCAAGAGACGCAAUCAUAUUUGCACAACACCCAAGCUAUGACGAUCUACUGUGCAGGAGUUGUAUUCAACACCGCUAUUCUGCAUCAUCGACAAGCAAUCAAGACCGGGAGCUCAGCAUCCCUAGAUCGAGCAGCGAAGCUAUACGAAGCAAGUCUUCAGCUCGUUCUUGGGCAGCAUAUUCCUGCAGGUUCCAACAGCACCGUCUCACUUAUUGCAAUGGCCGCCAGCAACAACUUGGCUCAAAUUGAGUUGGAGAAAGGGCUGGUGUGCCAAGCAUGCAGAAGGCUGCAAUUUCUAAAGAUCCUUAUUCAGUCUCUGCAACACAUAGUCACUCGCAUUUUCACAAUGGACGAAUUUCAAGGCAUGCUAUCAAAUACUCUAUCGGCAGAAAGCGUGACUGCGUCACCAGCAGCCUAA